AUGUGGGCGCCCACCUUAAUUGCAGCUUUGGUGACUCUCGGCUACACACGGGCGUCAGACAAGUUCCCAGAUGGUUUCUUGAUGGGGUGCGGAACGGCUUCCUACCAGGUAGAGGGAGCAUGGAACGAAGACGGAAAGGGCGAGAAUAUUUGGGAUCACAUGUUCCACGAACAUCCGGAAUACGGAACAAACGGCGACAACGGGGAUGUAGCCUGCGAUUCUUACCACAAGUACAAGGAGGACGUGCAGAUGCUGAAGGCUCUGAACGUGGACGUGUACCGCUUCUCCAUCUCCUGGCCUCGCAUCUUGCCGACUGGAGAUGUGGACAUCAUCAACCAGCCGGGCAUCGACUACUACAACAACCUCAUCAAUGAACUGCUCGACAAUGGUAUCCAGCCCAUGGUGACAAUGUACCACUGGGAUCUGCCACAAGCGCUGCAGUACAUUGGCGGAUGGACCAACGGCCUGAUGGCAGACUACUUCGUGGAAUACGCCAGGGUGCUGUUUGAAAACUUCGGCGACAGGGUGAAGUGGUGGAUCACUUUCAACGAGCCAGCUAUGGUCGUGCAGGGCUACGCGAGCAAGUAUCGGGCGCCCUCGCAGCCAUCGCCGGGCGUCGGCGACUACCUGGCGGCGCACACCCUGCUCAGGGCGCACGGCCGCGUCUACCGGCUGUACCACCAGCAGUACAGGGCCGCGCAGAACGGUAGUGUUGGGAUUUCAUUGGAUGUCCAAGGAAGUGCCCCACUUACGAAUUCGACAGAAGACGUUGUGGCUGCCGACAGAUACCAGCAGUUUGAGGCAGGACACUUCGCUCAUCCCAUAUUCAGCCAAGAAGGUGACUAUCCGGCAGUAAUGCGCCAGAGAGUAGACGCCAACAGCAAGAGGGAGGGUCGACCACGUUCGAGGCUGCCAACAUUUACGCAAGAGGAAGUGAAGUACAUCAGAGGAUCUGCUGACUUCUUCGGGUUGAACCACUACUGGACGGACUUCGUAACUGAUGAAGUGAACGUCACAUCACCCUCAAAGGCUGACGACACGGGCGCUACUGCCGUCAGAAAUGGCGAAUAUCUAACAGAGCUCCAGCAAGCAGUGAAUAUUGACAAAGUACCAGUAAUUGGCUACAUUGCGUGGAGCCUAAUGGACAAUCUGGAAUGGACUGAAGGAUUCACGAGGAAAUUCGGGCUGUACGAGGUGGACUUCAAAAGCCCGAACCGGACGAGAACUGCAAAGGAUUCAGCCGCUUUCAUGGCAAAAAUCUUCCUUAGCAAGAAAAUACCUGAGGAUGACGGCUGCUUGAGUUAA